AAAAAAUGUAGAAGACUUCACUGGACCUAGAGAAAGAAGUGAUCUGGGAUUCAUUACAUUUGAUAUAACUGCUGAUCUAGAGAAUAUAUUUGAUUGGAACGUUAAGCAAUUGUUUCUUUAUUUAUCAGCAGAAUAUUCAACAAAAAAUAAUGCUCUGAACCAAGUUGUCCUCUGGGAUAAAAUUGUUCUGAGAGGUGAUAAUUUGAAGCUGUUUUUGAAGGAUAUGAAAACAAAAUAUUUUUUCUUUGACGAUGGAAAUGGUCUCAAGGGAAACAGGAAUGUCACUUUGACCCUAUCUUGGAAUGUUGUACCAAAUGCUGGAAUUCUACCUCUUGUGACAGGAUCAGGACACGUAUCUGUCCCAUUUCCAGAUACAUAUGAGAUAACGAAGAGUUAUUAAAUUAUUCUGAAUUUGAAACAGCAUAUUUUUAUACUUAAUGAAUUGUAUCUCAUUUAUUUCUUCCCUUGCAUUUUCAUUUGUUUUUGUUUUUGUUUUUUUUCUUUUUUGGGGGGGAGGGCGGUAUAAGAACUAACAUUUAAAAGGCAUAUUUGAAAGGAAAAGUUAAUGGACUACUUAAACUUAAUUUUACAAACAUAAAAACAAGGCCACCAGAGUGGAGUAUUAUAAGAAUAAGACAAGUACAUUGUAAGGAUUUAUAAUGGAUAUUUAUUUGAAGUAGUCCCUGUGUUUCUGUUAUUCUUUAUGGAGUACAAAGUGAGCAUGAAGGGUAGUUAAUAUGUUCAGGUGCCUGUAGAGUCCUAAGAACUCUGUAAUUUAUGCCUUGCAUUCAUGCAAGUUCACAUUUGAUGUGAUUUAGAAGUAGACAUUCUCUCUUAUCUCUUUUAGGUUAUGUUUGAAUACUGGAAAAAUUUCUGUGGUUAUUUAUUAGAAGUCUGGUUCACAAAAAGCCAAAAGUGAUGACAUUUUAUUCCAUUUGUCUUAGGAAUACCCAUAUGCUUGUUAUUCUUACAGGUGACUAGCAACUUUCUCCACUUAAAAACUAAAUACCUCUUUAUAUGCUGUGUAUCAUCCUAACACAUUUUAAAGUCUCUUAAGUCAACUCUGUCUUUCAGUGCUUUCUGUAAAAAUGUUCCUUUGUAUUAUAUCUUUGUAUAAUUUUUAGCUUUGCCAUUGAAAGUUAAAAAUGUUUGCAUGAUUUACACUCUUGAGUUAAGUUCAUUUUAGUGAGCAUGCCUAGUGCCACUAAGUGGUAAUUAUUUCCAGUUUUCUGUAGGUCCACAUUUUAAUUAUUAUUGGGGUAAUUAAUAUUUGUGGUGUGCUUUUUCAGUUACAAAGCACUCACAUAUAUUUUAUUGUAUGUUAUCCUCAGUAGUCUGAUGAGGUACGUGAUACAAGUGUUAGCUCUUUUCAGAUGAAGAAACUGAAACCCAGAAGUUUAUUGCAUUGCUGUAAGGCUAAACAGCUGGCAAGGAUGGAGUUGAAACUUGAAUUGAGGUCUGAUUCUCUAGGCUUGUCUUUUUUCUUAUACCUCAGGUUACAGACUAAUCAGAUUUUACUUAUAAAUAAGAAAGCAUACUUUUUGUUAUCUUAGGCACUCCUUUAAUUACUUCUAGAAGAGGUUUCCUAUUCAGUAUGGAAGUGACUAAUUUUUAAGCUGCCAACAACUUACAUAAAGUAAUACUUUAUUUCGUUUUCUGUAUAAACUCCUUUCAUUUAUAUUAAAAGUAAGAAAAUAUAAGUAUGUGAAAAUAAUUUAGGGGUUAAAUAUAUAACUUAUCAUUAAAUAUACAACUGUAUUUAAUGCUUCCUUUUUCCCUGUAGUGGGCAAAUAAACAGCUUCAAUGAUUGCAACUGCAAAUCAAUUACCCUUAAAAAGAAGACCAAACACUGUAGUUACACUAUCAGCAGUAACCAAAAAGGGCUACUAUUUUCUAAGAACUGUUUAAAUUAAAACAUUUGUUACAUUUACCUCAUAUGAAAUAUAUCAUUAUUUAAUUGCAUUGAUUUUAACAGGUAUUAUAUGUAGGUCAUGUAAAAGCACGUGAGUAUAAGUUUUUAAAACUAGCAGAAAGGUUAGAGGUAUAAUACGGAUACUAGAUUGGAUUUGGCUGCUAGCUUCUCAUUAAACUUUUCAGGGUCUUGGUUUCUUUAUCUGUAAAGUGACAGAGUUGGGCUAAUUAACUUAAAUGGUGGUUCUUUCAUACCACACAAGUCUAAAAUUUGUUUUACCUAUUCAGCAAAGAGAUUGAACAGAAAAGCAUCUUAAUAAUGUGAAGACAGGAAGGUGAUUGAAAGACUAAUACAUCAUUCAUAUUGAUCUGACUGUAUUUCUCUUAGCUUUUGCACCAGAACAUUUAACCUCAUUUAGUUUAUACAAAAACUAGACAUGAAAACUUAAAAUCUGUAAGUGUCAAAACUUAAAAAUUGGGUAUAUUCUUCUUAAGGAGAGUGUGUACAAUGAGCUUUCAGUCCUGGUCACACAUGGGGACUGGUUUAACAGUUCAUUUAUACCUCUAUGCCGUGUAAGUCUGUUAGUCUGGUACAGAUUAAUGUUGAAAUUUACUUGAGUUACAGUUUGUUUAUUUGACAAACCCACUUGUUUGGACUUUGAAGAAGAGAAGUAGAAAAGCUCAAUGAGCACAAUGUGCAUAAAGCUGUUCAUUUUUACAUAACUAAGGGAAACUGCUCAGGACAAGAAUGCUUCAAAAUGGGUAUAAGGAACCGCCGUCUCAGGAACUCAUUUUUGGGUGCGCACAGUUCUACUAGUCAUAAUUCUACAUUUAAAAAAAUUGACGUCUUCAGUUUGAUAACCAUAUCAUCUACCUUCGUCUCAAUGUGUCAAGUAAUCUCAAGUGUUCAAAGACGCAAACCUCCUCAUUUCUAAAAACCCAAGUACAUUUAGAAAUGUCUGAGCCCAGAGAUGAUUCUGAGAAAAGAGAAUAAUUGCAAGACACAUGCUUAAAGUAAUUAUGGUUAGAAAUGAAUUAAUUUUAAAUGCAGUGCUCACAUACUCUUCUGUAGCACUUUGACCCAGACAAACAGCUCUAUCAGUGUUUUUUAUUCCUCUAAUUGAUUACAUUGUGGUUUCUUAGUGCUGAAAGGGAAAUAACAAAAAGCUUCAUCAAUUCCUAAGGGUGUAUUAAGGAAAGUGGAUUAUUUUGUACUUCUUUUCCUGAAAUUAUUUUAUAAGUCUUUGGUGGGUCCUGGCCAACCACUUAAUAGCACUAAGAGAUGGACUGGAAGGUGAUAAAUGAACAGUUUUCACUGUAGUUUUUAAUCUAAAGCUGAGAGAUCUAAAGCUUUGGAUCUUUAGGGUAUAGAUUAACAGAGGUGUUAUUUUGUAAUACUUUGAAUUGACAUGAAAUGGGUUUAUGGGGGUAAAAAACCAUAAGCUGUGAACUUUGGUAAUAAACAUCCAUUUCAGAAGCUUUCCUUGCUUUUAGCAGAGAGCUUGUGUACAUUAUGUGUGACUUCCAGUGACUUAAAGAGAUCUAUUUCAAAAAGUUGUUGCAUGUUUUUGAUGCAAUUUGGGAAAUUGUUUACUUCACAAAUACAAAUUCAUAAAAAAAAUUCAUGAAAA